AUGGCGCCACCGACUUCUUACCAUAUGGCCCUAUCGGUCUUGGUUCCUUUGCCGUUUGUCAUUAUUUCGACCAUCUUGCGAUUUUGGAUUCGUACCAAGAGGAAGGCAUGGGGACCAGAUGACUGGGCUAUGCUCAUCAACUUGUGGUUCUACGUCUUCCAGGAGCCAUGGUGCUUCACUCUCGUCGCGAUCAAAUGUAGCAUCGGCUUCGCCUUGAUCCGCAUCGCGAACCGCAAGAAAUGGAUCGAGAUGGUCAUCUACACCUGUAUGAUAUCAUGUUUCGUCGUCAUGGGCGGUACGGGAAUGUAUCUCUUCUUCCAAUGUAGGCCAGUACAGAAGAACUGGUAUCCCACGAUGGACGGUGAAUGCAAUGGCCGCAACAUCCAGACAGUACUGUCAUACGCCGUAGCUGUGGUGUCCAUCUCAACAGACUGGAUCUUUGCGACUCUCCCCAUCUUCCUCCUCUGGGACGUCCAACUCGACUGGCGCGUUAAGAUCUCUGUAAUGUCCAUGCUCGGCCUGGGAAUCUUCGCAUCCAUCGCCCCCAUCGUGCGUCUCAAGUUCCUCAUCGGCCUAAACGACCCAACCCGACUCCUCCAGAACCUCGGCGAGAUCCUCGCUUGGGCCUGCGCAGAAAUGAACGUCGGCAUGUUCGUCGCCAACCUACCCGCCUGCCGCCCUCUACUCACAAACUUCAUCUCGCACUUCUCCUCCUGGUCAGGAAGCCACUCGAACCCUUCAGGCGGCUACUCGAAGAAGCAAAACCCACGGGGUUCCAUCCGCGCCGGUCCAGGAUCAAAGCAAUGGAUGGAGCUGAACGAGCGACCUGAGAACCACUCGCAUUCGGGUAGCAAGCCCAAGAGCGUGGGUGUGGAAACGAAGAUCUACGGGGACUUGGAUGAGUACAGUAACACGAGCCUGGAACAUGUCGAUGGCGAUCAGAAGCGUGGCGGACAGCGGCCGAGCGGUGAUGGCUUGCAGGUCAGUGUACAAAAGGACUUCAGAGUGGAGAUUAGUGACAGGAAGCAGUUGACGGCGUUGCCUAGGGUGCCGUUGGAGACUGUUUGA